AUGGGCUUUACAAGCAUAGCCCACUGCAUCAGUAUGCCUGAAGUUAUUGGGAGGGAUGCUGAUAAGGACAAAAUUAUGAAGGUUCUCUUGCAAUCGAGUGAUGAGGGUGUGGGUGUGAUUCCUAUAGUAGGAAUAGGAGGGUUGGGAAAGACAACACUAGCUAAGAUGGUGUACAAUGAUAAAACCAUCGAUGAACAUUUUCAUGAUUAUGAUUCAGAGCAGGCCAAGAUCUUCAUUCGAAAUAAACUGAAUGACAACAGAUUGUUGCUUGUCUUGGAUGAUGUUUGGAAUGCUAAUUGUAGUGAAUGGCUUGAGUUGUUAAACAUGCUAGAGGAAGGUGAGAGUGGAAGCAAAAUCAUUCUGACAACCCGUAGCGAAAGCUAUUGUCAGUGGCAAACAACUGAGUGCACGGUGCUGAAUCAACGUGGCAAGAAUAUAUCUGAAGGGAUUCGUCAUCUGGCAUUCUCUGAGAAAUCUGUUCUCAACAUUGAGCUUCCAAGCCUUGCGCAAAAAUCAAACAGUUUGCCGACCAUAUAUUCUAGUAUUAUAGCAGAAGAACCAAUUGUUCAAGUCUUUGCUAGCAACUGCAUCUCUGCUUGUUGGCACUUGAGAAUGUUGGAUUUGAGCGGAUUGUCUUUUGAGGAGCUGCCCAGUACAAUACGUGCCUUGAAGCAUUUGAGAUAUCCGAGCUUAUAUGGCCAUCAGAGAAUCAAGAAACUGCCCAAGUCACUCUGCAAGCUGCACAAUUUACAAACCUUGGUGCUUUAUGGUUGUCUACAACUUGAAGAGUUACCAGGCGACAUCAGGAAGAUGAUUCGGUUGAGAUCGUUGGAAUUCACCACUCUUGAAACGAAAUUGCCAAACGAUGGACUUGCGAGCUUGGACGUUGUCCCAAACUUGAAGUUUUGUUCCAAGGGACACAGCAGCUUCUUCCCUUCUUGCGGUGCUCCUUGA